GCGAGAAGGUAGAUGAGCUUUACUUUAUGCAGAUCUGUCAGGAAAUCAUGGCAAUGAGGUGACACUUUCAGAUGGUAAACACUGUGGUCUCACUUCACAAACCUCUUAAUUAGAGGCCAUGUUUCACAUUGAUAUAACCUGCAUGUGGGAUUGCUGUUUUUUACAUGCCUAAACUGUUCACCCUUCUGAUGAAAGUGAAAUGGUUUUGAUUUUACGCUUGGUACAACUCGGAGAGUCUUCUCUUCUGUAGAAAAUGCUGCAGACUGGAGGAGUGUUCACUUUUCACCUAGUUUCUUUGCUUCUUCACAUAUUAACUAUCCAACAGCUGGCCAUGGUGGAGUUUGCACAUAAGCUGCUGUAAAUGCAUUGCUGUGCAUGACCGUUGAAAGGGCACAAAUACCCGGAUCUCCUUGCAGAUUGUGAAGUCAUGCCGUUUUUGGAAUUCGUAGCUGGGAGCAUUUCUGGUGCAGUGGGAAUUGCAGUGGGACAUCCGCUGGACACAGUGAAGGUUACAUGGAGCUCUGAAACCUGUUCAUGCGUCACCGUGUCUAAAUCAUGCUUUUGAUGGAACAAUGUUUUAUCUGCAGUUCUAUGGAUUCUUCAAGGGCAUGUCUUUCCCUGUUUUGACCACUGGCCUCGCCAACUCCAUUGUCUUUGGCUCCUACAGUAAUGCUUUAGAUUACCUCUCCCCGUCUGAUCGUCGUCUCAGCAGCCACUGCAAACAAGUGUCUUCACUGCAAGUUUUUACUGCGGGUUGCUUUUCAGGCAUCGUGCAGGUGCUGGUUUGUGCCCCGAUUGAUCUGGUGAAGGUGCGUCUGCAGGGUCAAACCAAAGCCGAGCGGUACCGUGGGCCCAUACACUGUGUGGCAGUCAUACUCCAACAGGAGGGGGUCCGGGGUCUCUAUCGAGGAGGGGCGGCUCUGGCUCUGAGGGACGUACCGUGCUACGGACUCUAUUUCCUGCCUUAUGAGCUCAUUCGUAAGGCCCUGACUGAGACCGGAGAAGAGCCAGGUACCUUUGCCAUACUGAUGGCAGGAGGCGUGGCAGGCGUGGUGACCUGGGCAUGUGCCACGCCCAUGGACGUUGUGAAAGCUCGGCUGCAGAUGUCCGGAGCCGGUGGUCGGCAGUACAGCGGGGUCCUGCACUGCAUAAGAGUGAGCUUGAAGGAGGAAGGAGUCAGAGUCUUCUUCAAAGGCCUCCUGCUGAACUGCGUCAGGGCGUUCCCCGUCAACGCCGUGACCUUUCUGACCUACGAGAGUCUGCUGAAGAGCUUCUGUCCAUCAGGCAAAUAAGAAAACUGUUUUCAGUAAAUGAAACAGGAAGUUUUCAAGGUGACAUUGCAAAGAGAUUUAAAAAUCUGUCCACAGAUCCAGGCUAAAACAGCCAAAGUUUGUCUUCAUAUUAGGUAGUGUGUGCUCUGAUGAAAGCUAAACAAAGCUAAGCAACAGAGAAUCCAAUAUUUUUACUCUAAAAUGUUUUCCAUGUUGCAGGUGUGCAAAUACUCUUCCUUUCAACAUCAAAACCUAUUAUUACCGAACUCUUAGGUUAGAUGGUCAAGUAUUAAGAAAUAAGUAAAACGAAGCCAUCGCAGCAAAAGUAGCAAAACUAAAAGUGACACCCUUCAUUCUAAACUAUGUGCACUGUACAUAAUCAUUACAGAUUACUUUAGACAUGACUGGACUCUUGUUUCAUUUAUUGUUAUUAAUUUCUUCAGGUUUAGAAAACCUUGUAAAAUGUCUUUUAGACGCACAUGCAUGAAUUAUUUGGCUUUGCCAAGUCCUUUGGUACAAAUGUGAACCUUUAAAGAUUUCUGUUGUUACCACACAUCUACCUCAAAGAUGCUAGUUCUGCGCUCUUCUUGCAGAUUUGGAUGAUCCGUUAGGCCAGUCCUAAUCCCAGAACAUUUGAAAUGUUGUUUUCUAACCCUGAAGGUUUUAUUACAAGCCCUCAACAUGUAAGAUCUGAAUUUAUGUGUUGAACUAGUUUUAGACUUUCCAAUCCGAUGAGAUUUGCCUUUAAAGGGGUCACCAAUGCAAAACACUAUUUUUUUUCUGCACACAACUUUCAAAUACACUUUAUGCUGUAAUUCUCUAAAAUAAUGAACUGUAUUAAAAGGGUUACUUUUUA